GCAGCACCAACAACCACAAAAGCAGCACCAACAACCACAACAGCCGAGGCAACAACCACGACUGCAGCUCCAACAACAACAACACCGACUCCAACAACCACAACAGCAACAACCACAACAGCCGCACCAACAACCACGACUGCAGCUCCAACAACCACAACAGCCGCAACAACAUCCACUACUGCAACUCCCACAACCACAACAGCGGCACCAACAACCACAACAGCAGCACCAACAACCACAACAGCCGAGACAACAACCACGACUGCAUCUCCCACAACCACAACACCGACUCCAACAACCACAACAGCAACAACCACAACAGCCGCACCAACAACCACAACUGCAGCUCCAACAACCACAACAGCCGCACCAACAUCCACUACUGAAUCUCCCACAACCACAACAGCGGCACCAACCGCCACAACAGCAGCACCAACAACCACAACAGCCGGAGCUCCAACCACGACUGCAGCUCCAACAACAACAACACUGACUCCAACAAACACAACAGCAACAACCACAACAGCCGCACCAACAUCCACUACUGCAUCUCCCACAACCACAACAGCGGCACCAACAACCACAAAAGCAGCACCAACAACCACAACAGCCGAGGCAACAACCACGACUGCAUCUCCAACAACCACAACACCGACUCCAAAAACCACAACAGCAACAACCACAACAGCCGCACCAACAACCACGACUGCAGCUCCAACAACCACAACAGCCGCAACAACAUCCACUACUGCAUCUCCCACAACCACAACAGCGGCACCAACAACCACAACAGCAGCACCAACAACCACAACAGCCGAGGCAACAACCACAACUCCAUCUCCCACAACCACAAAAGCAUCACCAACAACCACAACAGCCGAGGCAACAGCCACGACUGCAUCUCCAACAACCACAACACCGACUCCAACAACCACAACAGCAACAACCACAACAGCCGCACCAACAACCAUGACUGCAGCUCCAAUAACAACAACACCGACUCCAACAACCACAACAGCAACAGCAACAACCACGACUGCAGCUCCAACAACCACAACAGCCGCACCAACAUCCACUACUGCAUCUCCCAUUAAACCACAACAGUGGCACCAACCGCCACAACAGCAGCAC